AUGGCGUGGAGGUUGCGAAGGGCCAGGAGCGGCACGCUCUUCCUUGUGGCCCUUGUGGUGGCUGCGCUGCUGCAAGUCAGGCAUCAGGCAGCCGCUGGCGCGAACAACGUCUUUGUGCUCCCGCCCCAGAUCUUGAAGGAGUCGGUGUCGCCCAUGUCCGCCGACUCGUCCACGGCAGCAAGUACGGCCAAUUUGGCUAAAAACAUCGUGGGUGCUGGCGUGCUCUCGUUGCCCUCCGGAGCAGCCAAGGUGUUAGAUGCAGCUUCUAGCUCUGGAGUAGGUACUCAUGAUACGAAUGUCUCAGUGCUCUUGCUCCUGUACGUGAUCUUUGGUGCCCUGAAUGCCUACGGCUUCUACCUCAUUGGCGAGGUGUGUGAGCGCACCGGAUCUCGCACAUACCAAGAGGCUUGGACAAAGGCUCUUGGCCGCCAGUUUGCAUGGAUGCCAAGCGCGGCGUCCGUGAUUUGCAGCUUCACUGGCAUGGUGGCUUGCGUCUCCGUGAUUGGAGACACAGCCUCGCAGUUGUUGAUGUCAAUGGGCCAGGACAUGGUUCCCAAGGAGAUGUUGCUCGGGGGCAUCUCAUCCUGUGUUCUCCUUCCAUUGUGCUUGCUGCCAUCCCUCUCGCCUUUGGCCUUCGCUUCAGUUCUGGGACUCCUGGGCGUCAGCAUUCUCGCACUGAUGAUGCUCUUACGUUGGUUCGACGGGUCCUAUGAGCUGGGAGGAAGCUUCUACAGUGAUGCAAAAACAACCCUGGAUCUUCUGACAAAGACCCAGGCGCCAUCGCAGCCCAACGACAACCUCUUGUUCCAGCAAAUCUGCAUCUUCGCAGCCAUUCUGUCGAAUGCUUUCUCUGCACAUUUCAAUGCGCCUACCAUCUUCAACGAGCUGGAGCCACAGCCAGAUGCCAGAGGGCGGACAAGCCGGCUCCCACAACUCGCGACAGUCACCACCACAGCCUUUGCCUUAUCAGGCUUGAUCUUCUGGGUCAUCACCAUGGCAGGCUUCGAGACGUUUGGUGCUCAUGCAGGCGCCUCCAUCCUUAACAGCUACUCCGCAGCUGACCCUUUGGUUGCCGUGGCAAGGGUAGGCCUCGGCCUGUGCGUGCUCUUUGAGUUCCCGCUUCUCGAGCGCUGCUUUCGGAAAACGGCUGUGGAAGUCCUGGGCCUUCCAAAAUGGGUCGAAGAGCACGCGCUGGCUGCGGUGGCCUCGGUGGGGCUCUCCGUGGCGUUGGCCUCGUUUCCUGGCUUCGGUUUGGACAAGACCUCCGCUUUGGGGGGUGCACUCGGCGUGCCUCGGAACGCAGAAGGUGCAGAUUCAGAAGCCUAUCUACAGGCCUUGCGGCACGGGCCGGCCUGGCCGUCUGAAAGCUGA